AUUCUUGUUGUUGUUAGUGAUAUAAACGUAUUAGUAACUAAGCAAAUUUUCAUAUUGUUUAUUCAUUUAUUUAUUUUUUUCAUUGUUUAAAAUAUUUUCAUAUGCAUUCUAUAAUUAAAUCAAUUAUCAAAUUUAAAAGUAAACUCAAUCAAUCAAAAAAGGAACCCAAUGAACAAAUCAUUCAUUCAAAACAUCAAUUUAAUUAUUCAAUAAAUAAUAAUGAAUUACAAAAAAAUAAAAAAAAUAAAAUAAAAACAACACGAAAAUCAUUAAUCAAUAGAUUACAUAAUAGGCAAUCAUCAAAUGAAAAACCUAUAAAUCAAUAUAAUGAUAAUCAAUUAUCUAAUGAUAAAGAUGAUCAUUUAGAUGUAUUAGAUAAUCAUCAACAAAUUAAUGAUCAACUUAUGACAUCAUUAAAAUUAAUUAAAAGUCUCCCUAAUUAUGAAGAUUUAUAUCAUGAUCAUAAUAAUGAUAAUAUGAAUGAUUAUCAAGAAUAUAAACAAACUAUACAACAAAUUAAUUCUAUCUUAUCAAAUCCAAUAAUCAUUAAUCCAAAUUAUACAGUAGAAGAAUUAAAUAAAGAACUUGAAAAAUUACUCAAAACAGUUUAAGUAAGAACAGGUCAUCUCAAUCAAUCAUAUUAAAUGUUGGAUUAACAGAAAAUCUUAACAGUAAUAAACACCUAGAAGAAGAUGAUACAGAAAUAUUUAUGGAAUGGAUCAGUCAAAAUUCAAUUUUUUUCGAAAAAAAUUAUUAUUAUCAUUUUAAUUUCUCACACAAUGUAACAGAUGUUUGAUAAAUUUUAUAUAAGUCACGUACUACUUAAAUAAUUUAAGUAGGCGGAAAUAUUUAACAGAUAUUUUUGAGUUGUUGUUGUCGCAAAUAUAAUUUAAAAAUAGGUUUCAACUAUUUAUAGAAAAAACAAAUAAACAAAUAUAACAAACAUUGCAAAACGAUUGAUAGUCAACAUGUAUUACUUUAACUUUCAAUUCGGUAAAAUAGAAAUUUGUUUAAACUACUCAAUUUCAUAUAAUUUUAACAUUUACUUUCAUUAAGAACUUUCCUCUAAAUUCGAACGAAUAGUUUCACAAUAUUUAGGCGACGAGUUCAUGUGAAACGUUAAAGAGGAAUAAUAUAUUUUCUUGAGAAAACUUGGACCAGAUUGUCAGGUGAAAUGUUGGAUUUACUUCAAAUUCUUUGCUGAGAUUUUACAAAUACAUUCUUCCUUUUUAAGUUAUUUUCAUUGUUUAAUAUCACUUUGAUGCGUUUAAGCAGAGAGAGUUUAAUAUUUUUAUUUUACACUAAAAUCUAUUAUUUAUUAUUCAGUAUUUUAUCGAUGUCUUAUGAAAAAAGAUCAUUAUGUUAUACCCUUUUUUUGAUUAAGCAUUUUUGUAAUUUUCAUUAUUGACCAUAUAUGAUCCAGAAUUCAGUUAUUUUUGAAAAGUUUUUUUUCUUCUUAUAUUAAAGUUCAUUCUUUCACUACAUGAUUUAAUUUUGGGUUCAGAAAUGGCGAGACUCUAAGUUAUGGACAACCUUUGAACGAAUCUUAAGUAACCUUGAGAAAGAUUAGCCAAUCAACAAACAGUCAGUAUAGAGUAAAAAUAUGUUAUACAAAACCAAGGAAAUAAAGUGGAUACACUUCUAAUACGGGGUUCAAAAACUUGUCAAGGCUAGAAAGAGGUUCACAGGUUUUAAAAUCGUAAUGUAUGCAGUAGAGGAAAUCAUCCAUACGGCUAAAGAACAGUCGGCCUCUGGAGCCAUGAUAAAGUCUCAAAAACUCUUUCAGUCUCGACCGCAUAGCUUCAAUAUUGUUUAUAUGCACUCCAGUUGUUGAGUACACAAAAUGCCACUUGUGGAUAUCGACACGAUGAACAUAACCAAGCCUAUGUAGGAGUCUGUACGCUCUCCAAACAUCCGUAUAUAUUGUAGUACCUGGCUGCAGCCAGUGCUUUUGGUGCUUUUAUUAUCCCAUUCGCGAUAAUUGUCAUAAUUCGCCUUAGUUAGGAACUAUAUAUGGGGUUUUCAUCACAAACUGACAUCAGCUAUAAUGCCAGAAAUUUAUUUAGACAAAUGGAUGAAAGGCUUUCGCGUUAAAAUCCGAGAUCUAUCAUCUUACACCUGAAUGAUUCGUCCACAAAUUAUAGUCUUGACGCUUUAUUUGUUAUAGUCGCUCAUUUCUCACGUUUUGUACAAAAUUCCUUGUGAACCGAUCGUACGUUAGCAUUAAGCACUGAAGUUGGAGCCGUAACUUUGAAAUCUCUAAGACGCUUCUGAUUGGCUCGUUCAUAAAUUAGAGUCUUGCCGAUUACGUAUUAAAAUGCUCUUUGAUUUAUGUAAAC